AUGUCCUAUGCACGUUUGUUCUCAACUUGAUAUCCAUGAGGUAGUGAAGCCAAAUCAUGACCACUGCUAUCUGGGCAUUUUAAUGGUAUACAGUAUCGCAAUCGGCAAACCACUGCAAAUUUACAUCUGACAGCAGCAAAGAGCCAGUGAGCGGUGCUAAGCCCAGGGCCCUGGUCACCCAAGACUCUGACCAUGCCACUCCUCUCCAGAUGUUCUUCUAUUUUCCCUCUGCUGGAGAAGUAAGUCGCCUCCUCACACGAACCCUGACUCUCUUUAUCCCACUUCCUAUAAAGUCACAAGCUCUCUGGUCUGGCCUGAGCCAACACAAUGCUCUCUCCAGCCCCCUGUACUUAUUCCUACACAGAGUAGGUGAGACAUACAUGGCACACAUUGAAAGGGAAAGAUAGCAGCUUGUGAGCUUCAAUAUUCCAGUCAUUUUGAAGUGCUCACAUGGAAACAGGAGUUCACUGGGUCCACAAAAAUCGAGUUAUUUGAUAUCAAGCCAAGCCCACAUUUCAUACAGGAUAUAUCCAUUACAAUGAAUCAUAAGACAGAAGUUACUGUAAAGCAGACAGAUUGGGAGCAUAUGAGAACUGGCUUUAAGUGAAUCUUCAAAAUGCGGACAGGGAAACAAACACAUUAUUCAUGUGUGAUGAUAUUAGGGACUAGGAUGAUGGUUUCUAUGUGUCUGUUUAAGUAGGCUAUGACAGUGUUUGCGCCUUAUGAUGGUGUGUUUGUGCUUGUUCAUGAUGGGGGACUUUUAAUGAGGCUUGAGGUUUUUCUCCUCUGUCUUCUCCGUUAUUCUCAAAGUUAUGAUGAUAACCCUUAAUUGGCUGUGAUCUGGUGUAAAUGAGCUAUGACGAGCCAAAGGGCAUAGUUAAUAAUCAGAGAGACCAUCUCAUUACCUUGUGACUCCUCUGGGUGGUCAGAGGGUAUAUCUGCUUUAAUAGCUUCUCAUUCCUUGCAGACUUGAUGUGCAAGAUAGCCUAGCGGUUAGAGCGUGGGGCCAGUAACCAAAAGGUUGCUGGUUCGAAGCCCCGAGCCGGAAAGGUGGAAAAAUCAGCCGUUCUGCCCUUGAGCAAGGCAGUUAACCCCCAACAACAACUGCUCCCUGGGCUCCGAUGACGUGGACGUCGAUUUAAGGCAGCCCCGCCGCACCUCUCUGAUUCAGAGGGGUUGUGUUAAAUGCGGAAGACACAUUUAGGUUGAAUGCAUUGUUGUGCAACUGACUAGGUAUCCCCAUUCCCCCAAUAUCACUCCAACGGGCAACAGCUAUGCAGUAAAAAAUUGGAUCCUGGAUGCUUGGCUCCUUUAUCUCUCCAUCUACAUUCUACAUUGUUUCUCUGAAAGCUUUCACCAUCGGUUGUAUGUUUGUAAAAACCUCUGAAAGCCUUGCUUUGCUAUUCAUUGUGUGUGAGAUGAUGUCUCAUUGUCCUCCUCUUGUUCCCCCCUCAGUCCAUCCUGCUGCUGGGAGGCGUGGCUCUAGCCUGCCUGGCCCUGGACCUCCUCUUCCUGCUCUUCUACUCCUUCUGGUUGUGCUGCCGGCGGAAGAAGAGCGAGGAGCAGCCCAACGCCGACUGCUGCUGCACCGCCUGGUGUGUCAUCAUCGCCACGCUCGUCUGCAGGUGAGUCCCACGUGGAAAGACAUAAGGCUUUGAUCACUCAACAGACCAUUGGUUCACUACCCAAAAUAUAGGCCUAGCUUUAAUGAGGUGGGCCAUCUCUAAUUUCAACAUGUAAAGCCUGGGACUGCAGACGACAAUGCAAGGAUUAGCGAUGUUCACCGUCACCCCUUAACCUCCUCGGAUUAGCCAUGUUCACAAUCACCCCUUAACCUCCUCGGCUGGCCCUGUAGUGCACAGACAUAAGCGUACUCCAUGCAUGAUGGAGCAGUUUGUGCCUUUAAUCUCCUCCUUGAUGCCUAGCACAAAGCCAGCACCCUUCCUCUGAGAUGAAUGAGCACCACCCACAGUGUCAUAGGUGACUGGCUUUAAGACCUCAUGCCUAGUCUGCCUGAGGGAAUGUAUUAGGGGUUUAACGGUACACAUAUUCGUACCGAACCAUUCAGUACAGGGACCUCGGUUCAGUCCGUACUGUGAACCCGAAUGAAUACAUAAAAAAACUUAUUCACAGUACAAAAUGAAAACACUAGGCCUAUAGGCUAUGCUUACGCUGCGUUGUAGGCCUCUGCCUCUUGAGUACAUUUCAGACUAUUCCGUUAAAAACAACUAGAGCCUUUGCGCACGUUGUAAUCAAAAUUCUCCUUUUAAUUGGCGCAUAUCAAACUGUCCUUUUUGUGAAGCGCAGCCGGGAACUAGUUCUGUAUGAAGGCGGGUGGUGGGGUUGAUAAACCAGAAUUGGAGAAUCCUCCAUCAUCGUUUAAAUCUCCAGUUUGGGAACAUUUUGGCUUCCCAGUAGAUUACAACGCCGAUAGACAGAGUUGUGGAUAAAUGCUUAAUAGAAUGUCGCCACGCUCAACGAGAAUAGCCUAUGCAGCUGCCCACACCUCAAAUAGGUUCACACCCCAGUAUACCAGAGCAAGACAGAAACCUAAGAAGCAACAACAACAUCGUCUCCCCUCUGCAUUCAAGCAUUCUUUGGCAGCUGAUUCUGACCGGGCCAAAGAAAUUACAAGAGCGAUUGGUAGACUGUUUAUUUUUUACAGUCUUUGGUUUGUAGCCACGGAUAUGCACCCAUUCACGGUGGUUGAGAAUGGAAGGUUUCAGCCCCUCGUAAAAGUGCUUGAGCAACUAUCAUGGUGCGUUCAUAACCAAGAGGGAAUUGUGAAUUUACCUCAUAUGACUGGGAAAAAUCCACUUGAAUGGCCCUCCAACUGGUAAUUACUAGUGGGAAACUCUUCUAUCAUCUUGAGCACCCACUUCUCCCACAUGGUGACCUCUGACAUCACCUACUAAGGAAAUGGCCUUAAAUGCAACAACAAAACAUUAGCUAUAAAAAGCUAUCUAUUAUUGUGUUUUUUUAACUAUAUAAUUUGUUUACAAGCAUGGUAGAUGUACUUUUAGUACAUGGUUGACGCAGCUUGUUGGCCAUUAGCCAAUCGGCGUUUCUCAACGAGUUCAAAUCACAUGAAUGCAUGCAUCCAACUGGUAUCUACGACUUCACAACUGGUAAAUUCCCACCUCCCACUUAGUUACAAACGCAGCAUCAGAGUGGAAAAUUGAGAGGCCCAACAUAACAAUCCAGUCACAACAGACAAUGCCAGGAACAUUGUGAAUGCUGAACAUUGUGAAUGGCAUUUAAUUUUCCCAUUGUACCGAAACCAAACUGAAGCGUAACCCCAAAACCGCAAUACGUACCGAACCGUGGGUUUGGUGAACCAUUAGACCCCUAGAAUUUAUGGAUAGUUUACUCUGCUGGAUGCUGAACUCUAGGGAGAGCAGAGCUGUGUGACCUGCUGUCUCCUAACUCAUAAUGGACACAGGAGGUAUUUGACGCACGCUGUCUGAUGCCGCUUUUAUUGUUGUUUACAUCUCUCCCCUUCUGAACUGAGGAUACAAGAGCAGACCUUCAUGUGACAUUGGCCUUCACAAACCAUGGGUUGCAUGGUGUAGUCUGGGGAAGACACACAGGACCCCCACAAUUCUUCUAAACCUUGACCCAUAAACUGAAUUUCGUUGAGAAAUUAUUUUGUUUUGUAUAUGCACGCAACUUCUCUGCUGUGGAAGAGAUGUAGUGUUUAAGUUCCUGGUAGGCGUAGCAUCUGCAAGAUGCUGCAGCUUUAGUGUCGAACUACUGUGGUGAGAUGGUGGUAUUUUUAGAACUAAUCUUCUCCUUACUUUAUUGGAGCUCUCAAUUGGAGAGUAAGCUACUUGGGCUUACUUGUUAACCCCUUUCUCAUCUGGUGUUUGCAUUUUUGAAACAAUCUAGCAGCUGUGAAAUCUGCUCAAGCAGGGAAUGAGAAGUGCACAGGAUUGAAAGGAUCUUCCCUGAGGCUUGAAACCACAAAUCCCUCUACCAUGUACUUUUUGCUGUCUGCCUCAAAUGAAAUGACCCUCAGUCACUGCUACUUUUUUGUAUCUAGGCUAUUAGGUUUCCUUUCUUAGUCUAGGCUAUCUAACGAUUAUACUUAUAAAUACAACAUACAAAGCUGCAAUACCAUUCACAAAUCUAUAUGUUUAGUCUAACUAGGCCUAAUUAAGGAAAAGCCAGGUCUUUCUGGGAUUAUCAAUUAGUUUAUUUUGACUUCUUGGAUAAACAUAAUAUGUGGAUUAAUUAUAGUGGGAGUGGUAUUGAUUUGUUUAAAGCUGUUGAAGUGGUUGUUGUGAUCUGACUGAGAGAUGCUAUUAUAGAGAAAGAUGAGGACAUAUUGAUUCUAUUUAGAGAGUAAGUUGAUACCACAGAACACUGAAUAAGUGGAACAAGAGGAAGUUGGAGAGGCAUUGUUGUGUGAUGUAAUCUUCUGUAUGAUUAUGAAUAGUGAAGUAUUACACAGAGAGCAUUUUUUGUGGUUAUGCGAUGGGUCUCAGCUGUUGAAUGGAUCGCAGCUGUUGAACAGUUCUAGACUGAAUCACUAAUUAUUUUAAUGGCCAGCCAUACAUAUUUAGGCUUUAGUUUGCAUCAUUGAUAUGCAAGUUCCUGCUCCGCACUGCAGUCAAAAUUGCCAUAGAACCAUGCCAGUUUUCAGCCUCUCAGUCUGAAACUUUGCUUCCUUACCAAACACCAUGCCAACAUCCAUAUGCUCUGGGACAGACAUGAUAACCGUGAGCUUGUGAGGCCUCGUCUCUGCACGUAGUCAUCAAGCAAUGUAUUGGAAAGUAAUGAAAAAGUUAUAGAAAAUAAAGGAUUUCUCACAUUCAAACUGAAAUCAUGCUACAAAUGAGUGCCCACUGUAGUUUCCAUGGCAACAUUCUCUCAGAAGCCAACAAAGGACACAGAAGAAGACCCAGAGGACUGGCUCAGAACAGAGCAGGCAGAGGGAUACUCGGGGACUCUAGUGGUUUAGAGUUAGAAUCCUUUGAACUGCACAGUAAAAUAGGUGGUAUAUUUUCAGGAAUUAGGAUACACCAAAAAAAGUGUAAAUCUUGCAGAGCUAGCAACACUAGAUGGCCUACUAUACUGAACAAAAAUAUAAACGCAACAUGUAAAGGGAUGGUCCCAUGUUUCAUGAGCUGAAAUAAAAUAUCCCAGAAAUGUUCCAUACGCACAAAAAGCUUAUUUCUCUCAAAUGUUGUGCACAAAUUUGUUUACAUCCCUGUUAGUGUGCAUUUCUCCUUUGUCAAGAUAAUCCAUCCACUUGACAGGUGUGGCAUAUCAAGAAGCUGAUUAAACAGCAUGAUCAUUACACAGGUGCACCUUGUGCUGGGGACAAUAAAAGGCCGCUCUAAAAUGUGCAGUUUUGUCACACAACACAAUGCCACAGAUGUCUCAAGAUUUGAAGGAGCGUGCAAUUGACAUGCUGAGCUGUUGCCAGAUAAUUUAAUGUUCAUUUCUCUACCAUAAACCGCGUCCAACGUCAUUUUAGAGAAUUUGGCAGUAUUUGGGGGGGAGUUGCUGAGGAGUAUUUUUGUCUGUAAUAAAGCCCUUUUAGGCUGGGCAUGGCUCCUAUGGCUGCGCCCCCGCCCAGUCAUGUGAAAUCUAUAGAUUAGGGCCUAAUUUAUUUAUUUCAAAUUAUUGAUUUUCCUUCUUUGAACUGUAACUAAGUAAAAUCUUUGAAAUUGUUGCAUUUUGCAUUUUAUAUUUUUGUUCAGUAUACUUCAAUGGGAUGGCAAAGUAGGGGGUAAAUGUUAAGGACAAUAUGCCCUUUCACUAUCAAAGAGUCGCUCUGUGUCUAGUCCAGUGGGAAACCAGACCAAACUGUUGUCUGUUUCUGAGUGCUUCCCUCCAGAGUCCCUCCCAACCACUGAUUUACACGGCUGUCUGGAAGAACGACAGGCGAGUCCACCACAGUCACACAGACAAGCUUUGGAAUCCCUGGGUCUCACAAAGGGUCAUGUUCUGAGUGGCAGUGACAUACAAGGGAAUGAACAAUGCUGUCUGUCAAAAUAAUGGACCUAGAAAUCCUAGAAAAACCUUCCUUUUCGAUUAUGCUGCCCCUUUGUUAGUGAUCUCUUAAGACAAAGCUAUUGGCCAGAAUGGCCGCUCCUGUAGUGUCUGGGGCACAGCGCAGUAUUUAUGACCGAUGAAGGGUUUAUCAUCUUCCCUCCUCAGUCUCCCUCCAUCUGUCUGUGGGAUAGGCACUUCCCAGCCUUCAGUUUCAAGGGGAUGUGACCCAGAUGGAGGAUGGUACCUCUCCCUGAACUGUAAUUUCAUCUCUGGCUGAAUCUGAAUGAUGGAUCUCUCGCCUCCUUGAACCCCCAUUGAGUAAUGACAGUCAGCACCUGCUGCUGCCAUCACAAUGAGCUUCUGGAGUCUCUCUGCUGCCUCUCUGGCCCACCUGUGAGAAUUAAUCCAUCCACACAAUGCAAGUCUCUGCACGCCCAGGCAGCCUAAAAGAUUUCUUCACGGCUGCGGGAGUCUUAUCAACUCCCAUCUAUGCUGGUAGGGAGAAGAGAUUAAUCGAAACCUCACUUCGCCCUGCCCUCCUUUCACAGUCUAUGAGAGGGUCUCUCCCCAUUGGGAAGGAGCACAACCCAUAAUAAGCAGCAGAGCUUUCAUGAAUUGAGCAAGACUCUCUGUGCUUCAUGCUAAUGUAUAAUUCAUGUGGUUUGUGCUAGGGAUGGGCACGGUUAAUCGAUAAUAGAAUAUCCGAACGGAUGUUAGUAUUCGAUUACUUGCGAGUGUACAUUUUUUGGCACCAUAAAAUUAUAGGCCUAUUUUAACAAUGGAAAGGCUUUGUCUGCAUUAACUAAAAUGAUGUGACAUUGCUAAAUACAAGUAUAUACCAUGACAUUUGAAAUUCUUCAUUUAAUAAAACAACAAACUUUUGAAUGUAGUUUUUAUGAUGUGCAACCCAUAAAAAAAGACAUACCGGUAGCCUUCACAUGUUUCACGCGUGUAGCUUGUUGUUAUUGUCGGGCAGUCAAAGCGGCACUACAGUCAGAGGCUCCAUAUGUAGCCUAGCAAGAGGGAUAUUUCUAAUCAACGCAAAAAGGAAUACAAAUGACGGAAUUUUUUGGGGGAAAAAUUAAGUUACCUUAAUGAGAAGGUAACAGGUAGGCUGUUGUUUAAUCUGAAUCCCUAUGAGGCUCGCCAUCACGUAUACAGUUAAUUACAGUUUGUAAAGUUAUUUUAACCGUAAUGUUCCGUCUUAGGGCAUUACAUAAGAGAAGCGUGCGAGAUUAGUACUCAGCCAAUGACUGUACCUGUUUUAGCAGCACGUAUCCCACGUUGGACGGUAUCCGUAAUCGGUAGAUGGUUCUGAUGGAAAGUUUGUCGUGUGCAUCGCCAAGCAGUGCCCAAGAGAGUAUUAAAUCCAAUUGUUUAAUGCUACCACCACCCCUUCAAAUCAAAAGCAAACAUGGAUGUCAAUGUUUGUACGGACACGCUCCGUUCUACUUCCCGUCUGCAGCAGCAUGUUGCCCAAUUGCGAGGCUAAUUAGCUAGACAAACAGGUGUGAAACACAGACAGGUGUGAGCGAUAAGCGAGAACACAACAAGGAAUGUUUGGUUUUGAUUUGGAGGUGGGUGGUAGCCUCAAACAAUUGGAUUUAAAACUUUCUUGUGCACUGCUCGGCGACGCAAACGACGACCUUUCCAUCAGAACCGUCUACCAAUUACGGAUACCGUCCAUUGCGGGACAAGUGCUACUAAAACAGGAACAGCAAAAGGUUGGAACAUAACUUGCAAGGUGGUUUCACAAAGUUUAGUGAAACAAAGGUUUCACAAAAAAAUCAUGUAUUUCGGAUAUCCCGGGGGGAAAAAUAAUGAUAUUAUUCGAAUAGUGAAAACAUUUCAAAUGCCCAUCCCUAGUCAGUCUGUGUGCAGGGAAGCCUUGUUGGAAGAGGAGAAAAUAAAUCCAGUCUGCCAUUAAUUAUAUAAACAGUAACCGUAGUAGUGGGUGGUUUGGUAAUUAGCCUUGCAAAACAGGUACAUCUAUAAAUCACUGCUAGGCAAAUCCCCGCCUUAUCUUAGCUCAUUGGUCACCAUAGCAACACCCACACGUAGUAUGCGCUCCAGCAGGUAUAUCUCACUGGUCAUCCCCAAAGCCAACACCUCCUUUGGCCGCCAUUCCUUCCAGUUCUCUGCUGCCAAUGACUGGAACGAACUGCAAAAAUCUCUGAAGCUGGAGACUCUUAUCUCCCUCACUAACUUUUAAGCAUCAGUUGUCAGAGCAGCUUACCGAUCACUGCACCUGUACACAGCCCAUCUGUAAUUAGCCCACCCAACUACCUCAUCCCCAUAUUGUUACUUAUUUUGCUCAUUUGCACCCCAGUAUCUCUAUUUGCACAUCAUCUUCUGCACAUCUAUCACUCCAGUGUUAAUACACUAUGGCCUAUUUAUUGCCUUACCUCCAUAACCUACUACAUUUGCACACACUGUAUAUAGAUUUUCUAUUGUGGUCAAAAGUUUUGAGUCUUCACAAAGUUCGCUGCUUCAGUGUUAUGAGAUAUUUUUGUCAGUUGUUACUAUGGUAUACUGAAGUAUAAUUACAAGCAUUCCAUAAGUGUCAAAGGCUUUUAUUGACAAUUACAUUAAGUUUAUGCAAAGAGUCAAUAUUUGCAGUGUUGACCCUUCUUUUUCAAGACCUCUGCAAUCCGCUCUGGCAUGCUGUCAAUUAACUUCUGGGCCACAUCCUGACUGAUGGCAGCCCAUUCUUGCAUAAUCAAUGCUUGGAGUUUGUCAGAUUUGUGGGUUUUUGUGUGUCCACCCGCCUCUUGAGUAUUGACCACAAGUUCUCAAUAAGAUAACAAAUAAUAUCAAAUGUUCAAUCUCCCCCAUAAUACCAAGUAGUGAAUUUGAAGCUCAGUUUUAAAAGCAGGUCUUUAUAGGCUUAACUCUUCUUGCCUGUGACAUAACAUCCCCAGUCCCUCUCCCCAGUCCUCUUUACACAAGAGCAUCUGACAUCAGAGGGGAUUAAAUCAAGUGUCAUGUUGACAAGGGAAACACCUCCUGUUAAAAUGGGAGCCAGUCUACUCCUCUUCACCCUGCAUCCAAUGAGUGGAUGGGAUUGGCCAUUUCCUGAAGUAGUGCUAGCUAGGGUAAUCUCUUACUCUUAUACUCUGAAGGAUGGAAAGGUGAGCUGGAGCUAUGGGUUUGUGUUCAGGGCAAACAAAGCACAUCUCCCUCUGGGGACUGGUAACUGUGGUGGAAACUUGGAACAGGAAACACAGCCAGAGAUGAAAUACACAACAACCCCACUAGUUUGUUGGCUUAGUGUUAUCUUUGACCACCCUGAUUGUUUAGGAGUUUCUGUGUCUAGAAAACAUUAAAUCCGGUUUGUGUCAUCCAUACUACACCCCUGUGCAGUUUCACAGAAAUCUACAGAGCAUUGUUGUUUCUCUUACUUUUCUGUCAGUGAUUCAGGACUGCCAAAGCAGGCAGAUAACAUGACUUUUUAAGUGCUUUAUGUUUAGGUGUUCAAAAAGACAAUGCCAGAAAUUAGAUACAGUGGGGGGAAAAAAAGUAUUUAGUCAGCCACCAAUUGAGCAAGUUCUCCCACUUAAAAAGAUGAGAGAGGCCUGUAAUUUUCAUCAUAGGUACACGUCAACUAUGACAGACAAAAUGAGAAAACAAAAUCCAGAAAAUCACAUUGUAGGAUUUUUAUUGAAUUUAUUUGCAAAUUAUGGUGGAAAAUAAGUAUUUGGUCAAUAACAAAAGUUUCUCAAUACUUUGUUAUAUAUGGUCCCAGCUCUCUGCAGGUCAUUCACUAGGUCCCCCUGUGUGGUUCUGGGAUUUUUGCUCACCGUUCUUGUGAGCAUUUUGACCCCACCGGGUGAGAUCUUGCAUGGAGCCCCAGAUCGAGGGAGAUUAUCAGUGGUCUUGUAUGUCUUCCAUUUCCUAAUAAUUGCUCCCACAGUUGAUUUCUUCAGACCAAGCUGCUUACCUAUUGCAGAUUCAGUCUUCCCAGCCUGGUGCAGGUCUACAAUUUUGUUUCUGGUGUCCUUUGACAGCUCUUUGGUCUUGGCCGUAGUGGAGUUUGGAGUGUGACUGUUUGAGGUUGUGGACAGGUGUCUUUUAUACUGAUAACAAGUUCAAACAGGUGCCAUUAAUAUAGGUAGCGAGGACAGAGGAGCCUCUUAAAGAAGAAGUUACAGGUCUGUGAGAGCCAGAAAUCUUGCUUGUUUGUAGGUGACCAAAUACUUAUUUUCCACCAUAAUUUGCAAAUAAAUUCAUUAAAAAUCCUACUAUGUGAUUUUCUGGAAUUUUUUUCCUCAAUUUGUCUGUCAUAGUUGGGUAUAUAGCAAAGUAUUGAGAUACUUUUGUUAUUGACCAAAUACUUAUUUUCCACCAUAAUUUGCAAAUAAAUUCAUUAAAAAUCCUACAAUGUGAUUUUCUGGAGAAAAAAAAUCUCAUUUUGUCUGUCAUAGUUGACAUGUACCUAUGAUGAAAAUUACAGGCCUCUCAUCUUUUUAAGUGGGAGAACUUGCACAAUUGGUGGCUGACUAAAUACUUUUUUCCCCCCACUGUACCUAUGAUGAAAAUUACAGGCCUCUCAUCUUUUUAAGUGGGAGAACUUGCACAAUUGGUGGCUGACUAAAUACUUUUUUCCCCCACUGUAUCUGUCCAGAUCUAAUCUCUAAUGCCUGCCUGAGUUCCAUCCCACUGUCAUCGACCAGCACAGUGAGUUUACAGCAGGUUGAAGACAAACCAGAGACAUGUUAUCACACACUCAAUGUCAAGCCUAAAACAGAUUUACAUGAAAAUAAGUUCUGCUUCCUAGGCUAUUGCCUGGGAUUUCCAUAAUAUUUAAUUAUGCAAUAACACAGCUAAAAUGUGCAAGCAGCAACAACUCCUCUCAUCUAGACAACCUCAAGUUUUGCAGCCAAAACUUAACAGAGUGACAGAGGAUGGGCAUGUGAAUGUUAGGACUCCCUCAAAUCAUGAGCUUUAUGCAAGACUUAAGUAAAAAAUGCAUCAAGAUUCUCUCAAGUUUCAUGACAGUUGUACCAUGAACUUACACUGCCUGUCAUUCACGUGGCAUCAAACUGAAUUGGCAUACGGCAUGCAGGUUUUUUACUAACACACACACACACACACACACACACACACACACACACACACACACACAGAGAGUAAUUGUCAUGCAGCCCACAUGCUCAUCAAGUCUCCAUGCUUUUGUGAACCGCUCUGCUGUGAUUUCAGCUAAAUCCAACAAGAUGGCUCUGAACUGAACCAACUCAGGAGAAGUGAAAACAGGAUUCAGUGAAGCCCAGUGUUAAAAUGGAUGUGACAAAAACAGGAAGAUUCCACAAUUGAGUCAGCAAGAAGGUCAUGAAAGGAUUUCACAAGCUCUCACAAAUAAAUGAACUCUUUAUUGGGGAUAUGGAAGAUUUUAAUGUGUGUCUCUCUUGGGCGUCCUCCAUUUGGAAGACAUUUUCAGCUUUCUGUAUGCGUGGGAGUACUUUGUGCUCUGCUCUCAUGUUGUUCUUCCCUUUCUCAUGGCUCCUCUGAGACUGCAUGCUUAUACAAGUAUCUGGCCUAACAGUCAGAUCCCAGAGGAUUACUUACAUAGUAUUAUACAUGAGAGAAUAGGGCUUUGUUUCCAGGCAGAUUUGUAGUGAAAAAUUUUUUUUCACCUUCACAUUGCUGAACAUAAACUGCACAAAGCAGAUGGUUGGAUUCUUAAAAGGUGUCCUUGAACGCAGCGCAGCACAGAAAACCGCCUUAAAGAAUUUAUUUGGGUGGAUCCAUGAAGAGCCAUAGCCUCUUUUCCCAUGUGGUCAACAGGCGAACAGAAAUACAUUGAAAAAGAUGAAAAGCAGAAGUUAUCGGCCCUUUUUAUUGUCCGUCCGUCCUUCCUUCCUUCUCCUGUCUCUUGCCAUGAGGCCAUUUUGCUGUGCCUUUGUGGCUGCUUUCCUAUUUCCCCUUUGAUCAUGUAUGUACCAGCUACAGACAGUGACUGUCUACAGUUCACUGUCUGUCCAUCUGUGUGUCCCUAGAUGAGCAGAAGGACUUCCAUUUCAGCACCUUGAGACUCGUGGCUGGGCUUCUGUCUAGACAAUGAUGCCAUAAUCUGAGAAGUACUAAACAAAUAGAGGAAACAUAUUAAACGGUUUACUUGUUUAGGUGGCUUGGGGGCUGAACCCACAACACAAAACUCAUGUUUUCUAAAUUAUAGCUGAAGGAGCUGUUUUCUCAUCCACCCAAAUCUUUAUGGGCAGAUUAUUAACCCACAACACAAAGUGCAUGACAGUUAAGAUUCACCUUGGCUUCACAGCAGGUCUCUGUUUUUAUUCUUAUUUAUUUAACCUUUAUUUAACCAGGUAAGCCAGUUGAGAACAAGUUCUCAUUUACAACUGCGACCCGGCCAAGGUAAAGCAAAGCAGUGCGAUUAAAAACAACAACAACACAGAGUUACAUAUGGAAUAAACAAAACGUACAGUCGUGGUCAAAAGUUUUGAAAAUGACACAAAUACUAAUUGUCACAAAGUCUGCUGCCUCAGUUUUGAUGAUGGCAAUUUGCAUAUACUCCAGAAUGUCAUGAAGAGUGGUCAGAUGAAUUGCAAUUAAUUGCAAAGUCCCUCUUUGCCAUGAAAAUGAACUUAAUCCCAUUUUCAGCCCUGCCACAAAAGGACCAGCUGCCAUCAUGUCAGUGAUUCUCUCAUUAACACAGGUGAGAGUGUUGACGAGGACAAGGCUGGAGAUCACUCUGUCAUGCUGAUUGAGUUAGAAUAACAGACUGGAAGCUUUAAAAGGAGGGUGGUGCUUGAAAUCAUUGUUCUUCCUCUGUUAACCAUGGUUACCUGCAAGGAAACACGUGCCGUCAUCAUUGCUUUGCAAAAAAAGGGCUUCACAGGCAAGGAUAUUGCUGCUAGUAAGAUUGCACCUAAAUCAACCAUUUAUCAGAUCAUCAAGAACUUCAAGGAGAGAGGUUCAAUUGUUGUGAAGAAGGCGUCAGGGCGCCCAAGAAAGUCCAGCAAGCGCCAGGACCGUCUCCUAAAGUUGAUUCAGCUGCGGGAUCGGGGCACCACCAGUGCAGAGCUUGCUCAGGAAUGGCAGCAGGCAGGUGUGAGUGCAUCUGCAAGCACAGUGAGGCGAAUACUUUUGGAGGAUGGCCUGGUGUCAAGAAGGGCAGCAAAGAAGCCACUUCUCUCCAGGAAAAACAUCAGGGACAGACUGAUAUUCUGCAAAAGGUACAGGGAUUGGAAUGCUGAGGACUGGGGUAAAGUCAUUUUCUCUGAUGAAUCCCCUUUCCGAUUGUUUGGGGCAUCCGUAAACACCUUGUCCGGAGAAGACAAGGUGAGCGCUACCAUCAGUCCUGUGUCAUGCCAACAGUAAAGCAUCCCGAGACCAUUCAUGUGUGGGGUUGCUUCUCAGCAAAGGAAGUGGGCUCACUCACAAUUUUUCCUAAGAACACAGCCAUGAAUAAAGAAUGGUACCAACACAUCCUCCGAGAGCAACUUCUCCCAACCAUCCAAGAACAGUUUGGUGACGACCAAUGCCUUUUCCAGAAUGAUGGAGCACCUUGCCAUAAGGCAAAAGUGAUAACUAAGUGGCUCGGGGAACAAAAUAUCGACAUUUUGGGUCCAUGGCCAGCAAACUCCCCAGACCUUCGUUGAAGUCUGUUUUUUUUACACAAUGUCUAGACAGCGUAGGAGGGCUAGAUCAGUUUAGUCUUCACAAUAUACACUGAGUGUACAGAACAUUAAGAACACCUGCUCUUUCCAUGUCAUAGACUGACCAGGUGAAAGCUAUGAUCCCUUAUUUAUAAACUUGUUAAAUCCACUUCAAUCAGUGUAGAAGAAGGGGAGGAGACAGGUUAAGAAUGAUUUUUUUUUAAAGCCUUGAGGCAAUUGAGACAUGGAUUGUGUAUGUGUGCCACUGACGGUGAAUGGGCAAGACAAAAUAUUUAAGUGUCUUUGAACGGGGUAUGGUACUAGGUGCCAGGCGCACCGGUUUGUGUCAAGAACUGCAACACUGCUAGGUUUUUCAUGCUUCACAGUUUCCUGAGUGUAUCAAGAAUGGUCCACCACCCAAAGGAUAUCCAGCCAACUUGAAACAACUGUAGGAAGCAUUGGAGUCAACAUGGGCCAGCAUCCCUGUGGAACGCUUUCAACACUUUGUCUAUAGAUUUUAUGCAGGAGAUGAUUUAAUGUCUUUCUCCAGGUUUGUUCUGAAGUAGCUUACCUUGUCUUAUGUCUAUAAUCAUUAUGACUCUGCUUCUUUCUCCCCUUCCUGAGGUAAUUGUCGUAUUGUACCGCUUUAACUUUGCUCUGGAGUGGUUGCCAUGGCAAUUUCAUAAGUCAUUGAUGGUGGGUCAAAAUAUAAUAUCACUGUUGCUGUGGCUGCAUCGUAGAAUUCAGAUCAACUCUUUGUUCAGAGAUAUUCUCCUGAUCUGUCCUUGAAGGUUCUCUAGUUCAACUGAGACAUUAUGUUGAGUAGACUUUGUGUCCGUUGAUGUUGCGUAGUUAUUGCUGCAGCCCUAAAUGCAUGACACUCAAACGUAUCUUUUGAAAUGUUAAAGGUUUUGGUAACUGCUACUGCAAUGGCCUGGUCUUGGCUCCAUUGGUGAUGGACAAGCUAGAUGUUUAUCAAUGCCAGAGGAACCCUUUGUUUGGCCUUGCCAUGGACCCACACCCUAUACAGAUCAUCCUGGCAUAUUUACUGCCUUGCAGGAAUGAUGGGAACUCUGUUACGGCUGCUGAAAAUCAUGUGACCAUAGCCUUAGGAAGAUGACAUCUGUCUGAGAACCUCAACUGAACGUACCUGCUUUAAACAUACUGUAGGAUAAUGGCAGUGAAGCUUUCAAAUCCUGCACUACAAUGUUAAAAGCCAGUCUGUUUUACCAGAAUGCCUCUUUUGAUACACUGCCCUCAGAUAUUCUUCAAUCUUGCUUGUGCAGUCGCUCCAACUGCCUUACAAUGAUGUCAUCAUGAUAUCGGCCUAUUUGCUUUAGUUUAUAGCUCUGAACCUUUUGAAACUCUUGAAAAUAAUGGAGGACUCUCUCUCUCUGUCUGUAUGGAGCCCGUCCUCCAUCUGACGUCACGUGUGUGAACUGUAAAUGGACUGUCCUUCAACAAGCUGCUGUACACAUGGAAUGCUCCUCCCGUUUGCAUGAGAGUGGCCAUAUGGUCAAUAUGCUAUUGUUUGGGCUGUCUGGCUCGGCAGUCUCUCAGUCAGCAGGGAGGCAGUGAUUGUGAUGCCUAUUGAAGUGCUCACAAUGGGAGGGAGUUGGGGAGUUAGAGAGAUAAUAUUUAUUAUAUAUAUAUAUAUAUACACACAGCUCUGGAAAAAAUUUAAGAGACCACUGCAAAAAUAUAAGUUUCUCUGGUUUUACUAUUUAUAGGUAUGUGGUUGGGUGAAAUUAACAUUUUUGUUUUAUUCUAUAAACUAUUGUCAUUUAGAGCAUUUAUUUGCAGAAAAUGACAACUGGUCAAACUAACAAAAAAGAUGCAGUGUUGUCAGACCUCGAAUAUUGCAAAGAAAAUAAGUUCAUGUUCAUUUUUAAACAACACAAUACUAAUGUUUUAACUUAGGAAGAGUUCAGAAAUCAAUAUUUGGUGGAAUAACCCUGAUUUUCAAUCACAGCUUUCAUGUGUCUUGACAUGCUCUCCACCAGUCUUUGCCAUUGAUGUUGGGUGACUUUAUGCCACUCCUGGCGCAAAAAUUCAAGCAGCUCGGCUUUGUUUGAUGGCUUGUGACCAUCCAUCAUCUUCUUGAUCACAUUCCAGAAGUUUUCAAUGGGGUUCAGGUCUGGCGAUUGGGCUGGCCAUGACAGGGUCUUGAUCUGGUGGUCCUCCAUCCACACCUUGAUUGACCUGGCUGUGGGGCAUGGUGCAUUGUCCUGCUGGAAAAACCAAUCCUCAGAGUUGGGGAACAAUGUCAGAGCAAAAGGAAGCAAGUUUUCUUCCAGGACAACCUUGUACGUGGCUUGAUUCAUACGUCCUUCACAAAGACAAAUCUCCCCGAUUCCAGCCUUGCUGAAGCACCCCCAGAUCAUCACCGAUCCUCCACCAAAUCUCACAGUGGGUGCGAGACACUGUGGCUUGUAGGCCUCUCCAGGUCUCCGUCUAACCAUUAGACGACCAGGUGUUGGGCAAAGCUGAAAAUUGGACUCAUCAGAGAAGAUGACCUUACUCUAGUCCUCUACGGUCCAAUCCUUAUGGUCUUUUGCAAACCUCAGCCUGGCUCUUCUUUGCUUCUCAUUGAUGAAGGGCUUUUUUCUAGCUUGGCACGACUUCAGCCCUGCCUCUAGGAGCCUGUUUCGAACCGUCGUCGCCGUGCACUUCACCCCAGCUGCCGUUUGCCAUUCUUUUUGUAAGUCACUUGAUGUCAUCCUACGGUUGUUGAGUGACAUUCGAAUGAGUUGGCGGUCAUCCCGGUCAGUAGAGAGUCGUUUUCGCCCUCUACCGGUCUGUAGCUUUGUUGGCCCCAAUGUCUGCUGCUUGACCUUGUUCUUAUGAACCGCCAUCUUUGAAAUUUUAAGGAUGGAAGCAACUUGACGCUAACUGUAUCCCUCUGCCAGUAAAGCCAGAAAUGAAGCCUUCUUUUCCUCACUCAAAACGUUCCUUUUCAACUCUUUUGGCAUGGUCAAUAGUUAUUGUUUGAUUAAUAUUACUUUUGACGUACUAUUAGCACACACAGAGAGAGAGAGAGAGAGACUAAAUGUUAUUGCAUUCUAUUCUAAAGGACAACACAGACUUCAAAAGGCCUACUGGUAGCAGUAUUUGAUAGGUGGCUAGUAAGUUGGAAUUGAUGACCACUAUAAUGUACUGAAUGUUUAUGCAAGUAAUUAGAUGAUACUUGCAUCAGAAAUGUAGCGUUGGAUAUUGCCACCUGUAAUGCAUUUGAUACCACUUGUUUAUAGGUUAAUGCAGUGGUUCCCAACCUUUUUUGGUUACUGUACCACCUGAAUUUUGCUCUGCCCGGAGUACCCCUGAAGUACCACCUCAUGUGUAUUUUACCAGUAGGCCUAUGGUCUCAUGAGUCUUCUCAAGUGGAUAGGCCAAGUACCCUCAGGGGUCCUAGUACCCCUGGUUGGGAACCACUGGUCUAGCGCUAGCUGGCUGGCAGUAGGUCUUUGUGAUUGCCAGGACAGCUCACCCUAUAAUCUACGGCCUCCAUGAAUGGGCAAGGGUUGAUCUCCUGUGUCAGUGCAGCCUUUGUCAGCUCUGGCAUGGGGCUCUGGGCAUUGCUGUUCCAUUCCUCUUGGUUGCUAUGGACUCUGUAUAGAGAGGCUUUCUGCUGGAGCCUGUUCAGAUCUAUCCCUGGCAGGGUUGAUGUAGGGUUCACACGCCUACCUCCCCCCCCCCCCUCUCUCUCGCUCUCUCUCUCUCUGCCGUGCCGUGCCGAUCCCUCUUCCUCCUCCUAACCACUUCCUCUACUCCCCUUUGGCUCCCUUCAGCGCCGGCAUUGCUGUUGGUUUCUAUGGGAACGGCGAGACCUGUGACGGAGUGAACAGGCUGACGUAUUCCCUGCGCCACGCCAACCGCACGGUGGCAGGAGUGCAGAAACUGGUAAGACUCAGAACUCCCAUCGAAAUAAUGACACCCCAGCAACAUCUCUACUGUCACAGCCAUAACAUGGGCUGGGCCUACCAUUCACAAUUAUCAUACUGUUGAUCACUAUAAGGAGCAAUGAUUCCCCUGCUAACCCCACAUAGAUACGAUAUAAUAUAAUAAAGACUAUUCAUUUUGUCUAUCCCCAUAAGGAGCGGGUUGUUUGUGACCUUGCGUGUCCCUCCCUGUGCCUACUACCUAGGUAUCAGACAGCACGGGGUCCCUGAAGCAGACGGUGGAUGGCAGUCUGGGGCAGCUGGAGGGCCAGUACGCCAAGCACACAGACUACCUGUCCAUCAUCCAGAAGCUGCAGGGCCAGCUGGACGAGCUGGUGAGGCAGAUGGUGGAGAUCCCCUUCUGGGACAACAGAGAAAUCUCCCUGGAGGAGCUGGCCGUCAACAUCGAGCUCUACGACUGGUACAGGUGAGAGACAGGGAGUCUCAAUACAUGACAUCUCAGGACAUACAAUUUCUAUUGUUCACCAAAACCAUUACCAGAACUGAGGCUUGUUUUGUUUCAUUACUUUGUUCGGCUAUUGUAGGUGAAUGUAGUUCAGGUUUGUUUUCCUGUCAUGUUGUAUGAUACAUUGCUUGUAUUUCAAGGUAAGGAUUAGUGAGUUUUUAUUAUUAGCUACUUUUGCUGCUGCCUCAUUUACAUACAGGAGCUCACAGCAACCUCGGUUUAAUGGAGUGUGAACAGAACUACACAGCUUCCACUCUGAGAGGAAUAUACAGGAUUAGCAGUUUAAGUGAACAGUACGUCGUCCCUCAUAGAUGUAUGAUUAUGCCGAUGUCGUCCCGCAUAAUUCUACUGCUAGGCCUUUUAGAGAGAGAAUCAUCUCAAAGUUGAUACUGUUAGGUUUUAAACGAACCGAGGAAAACUCAGGGACGAUUAGUAAAGCUCAACCAAGUUUAUUCACCCACUGGGUCCCACAGCUGCAUAAGACAAAGACAUGUUUCCACCAGCACAAGUAUAUACAUAAUUUCACACAAAACUAAAAAAAUGGGCCGGACAAAGUUAUUGGCACCCUUUCAAAAUUGUGGAUAAAUAAGUUUGUUCCAAGCAUGUGAUGCUCCUUUAAACUCACCUGGGGCAAGUAACAGGUGUGGGCAAUCUAAAAAUCACACCUGAAAGCAGAUAAAAAGGAGAGAAGUUGACUCAGUCUUUGCAUUGUGUUUCUGUGUGUGCCACACUAAGCAUGGAGAACAGAAAGAGGAAAAGAGAACUGUCUGAGGACUUGAGAACCAAAAUUGUGGAAAAAUAUCAACAAUCUCAAGGUUACAAGUCCAUCUCCAGAGAUCUAGAUGUUCCUUUGUCCACAGUGCGCAACAUGAUCAAGAAGUUUGCAACCCAUGGCACUGUAGCUAAUCUCCCUGGACGUGGACGGAAGAGAAAAAUUGAUGAAAGGUUGCAACGCAGGAUAGUCCGGAUGGUGGAUAAGCAGCCCCAAACAAGUUCCAAAGAAAUUCAAGCUGUCCUGCAGGCUCAGGGUGCAUCAGUGUCAGCGCGAACUAUACGUCGAAAUUUGAAUGAAAUGAAACGCUAUGGCAGGAGACCCAGGAGGACCCCACUGCUGACACAGAGACAUAAAAAAGCAAGACUACAGUUUGCCAAAAUGUACAUGAGUAAGCCAAAUUCCUUCUGGGAGAACGUCUUAUGGACAGAUGAGACCAAGAUAGAGCUUUUUGGUAAAGCACAUCGUUCUACUGUUUACCGAAAAUGUAAUGAAGCCUUCAAAGAAAAGAACACAGUACCUACAGUCAAAUAUGGUGGAGGUUCAAAGAUGUUUUGGGGUUGUUUUGCUGCCUCUGGCACUGGGUGCCUUGACUGUGUGCAAGGCAUCAUGAAAUCUGAGGAUUACCAAAGGAUUUUGGGUCGCAAUGUAGGGCCCAGUGUCAGAAAGCUGGGUUUGCGUCCGAGAUCAUGGGUCUUCCAGCAGGACAAUGACCCCAAACAUACUUCAAAAAGCACCCAGAAAUGGAUGGCAACAAAGCGCUGGAGAGUUCUGAAGUGGCCAGCAAUGAGUCCAGAUCUUAAUCCCAUUGAACACCUGUGGAGAGAUCUUAAAAUUGCUGUUGGGAAAAGGCACCCAUCCAAUAUGAGAGACCUGGAGCAGUUUGCAAAAGAAGAGUGGUCCAAAAUUCCGGGUGAGAGGUGUAAGAAGCUUAUUGAUGGUUAUAGGAAGCGACUGAUUUCAGUUAUUUUUUCCAAAGGGUGUGCAACUAAAUAUUAAGUUAAGGGUGCCAAUCAUUUUGUCCGGCCCAUUUUUUGAGUUUUGUGUGAAAUUAUGUCAAAUUUGCUUUUUUCCUGUUUUUUUUGUGUUAUUCCAAUACACACAAAGGAAAUAAACAUGUGCAUAGCAAAACAUGUGUAAUUUCAAUACUUUUCUGUGAGAAAUACUUCAUUUUCUGGAAAAAUUUCAGGGGUGCCAACAAUUUUGGCCAUGACUGUAUACCCCAAUUUGGGUGAAGUAUCCUCCUUCCCUCUAAACAUUACAUGUUUAUUGCUAGGCAGGAAGUUAAGUGAUGCAGGCAAUAAACUGUUCCUUCUCCCUUAAUGUGACCUGACCUAACCUCAUUCCUCACUCCUCACUGAUCCACAGCUAUCAACCCUUAUCAGUGACUGCAACCAUGUGAUUGCCUCCACCAUAUACAUUCCUCCUACAGAUAACCAUUAACUUCCGGUGUAGAAACCAGACUAUGGCACUCCUCAUUUCCAUAGGAUACUUGAUAAUUAACAAUAACAUGUUCUGUCAGUACUUACACGUCCUGCAUUCCUCUCUCUUCCUCUGUGACAUGAUUAAGGAUAUUUCUAGUUUAUAAGUCAGAACCCAUCAAUACUCAGAAAAUGACUAAGCUAAUAUGAACUUGAACAGACCUCAGAUUUCUCUGGGAAAACCCCUCAAAUUAACCAUUUAGUGGGAGGAGAUACUGGAUGAAACCCAAAACACACAACACAGUCAUCCCUCUUCCUGUAACUCGUGUUAACACCCAUGCAGUAUAAGGUAGAGUUUAUUCGAUAUCCUCAGUAAAUUUCACAGUUGAAUAGUUCAUCUCUCUCCUGGUGAAACUGUCCAGCCAGCCAGUCAGUAAUGUUCAGUUGGAUCUGUAUGAGUGUGAAAGUAGCUAACAGAGACAACUGGAGUCAACAGUGGAAACACCCUUACAGUUAAAUCAGUCUGAUUCAGCAGCCGACCCUCGCUGCUGCUUCCUCUUGAGAUCUCAAACACUGCCUCUCUUAGCAUCUCGCAGGGGAAGUUUACUUCAAAUCACAUCUCCUUUUUGUUUUGUGUACGUUUAAAGCAAUCCCCAUGUUUGUACCCUUUAGAUUUAUUUAACAGUACCAAUGUGAUCUGUACAGUGGUCAUAGAUAACCUUCUCCUUUUUCUUGCUGUACUGUGCUGCGUUUGUCAGCAGGUUUUCGGGUUUCUUCAGUCAGUUGGUCUAUAGUUCUGUUGGGUGUUGUUGUUUUCCACCUCAGGUGGCUGGGCUACUUGGGCCUGCUGUUGUUCAACAUCCUCAUCUGCCUGCUGGUGCUGUUUGGCCUCAUUCGCAACUCCAAGGGAACGCUUAUUGGGUAAGUCCAACCAUGUGAUCAUGUGGGGAAGUGAAACAGUAAGAAUAGUGGGGAGGGGGACGAUAUUCUGCUAGGCCAUAUAUUUAUAGCAAUUGUCAUGCUAUUGAAUGAUUUAACAAAAUUAAAGCCUCCGACGUGUCAGAAGUUUUAUCUCAAGUAUCACUUUGUUUGCCCUUUGCAAAUUACUUUUGACUGUACGCUGAACAACCUUGUCAUUGCGAUUAUGUGAGACGAAUUCACGCUUCAUGGAGUGUCAGCCGGUCACAGUCCAUUUGGAAUGUGCAUUAAAACGAAUCUCUCCGAAAAUUCCUCUCUGUCUCAACUCUUGACAACUCUGCAGGUAAGUAUGUUGGAUCCUUUUUAAAAGGCAUCAAGGACACAGGCUCAGCACUGCCUGUCCUCUCUUCAGUCCCUGCCCUUCUAAUUAAUGUAAUGAUCUGUGUCUGUGGAUACAGCGGGGUCAGUUUGGGUGGCUCAUUGUCAUUUGAGUCCGUUCAAGAGCAUUAGGCUUCAUUGGUUCCCCCAGGUCCCCCUCUCCUAGCCCUCCUAUGUCCUGUCAUCUCACUCAUCCUCAGUGAAUCAGACCCAGGUCAUCCUCAAGCCCUGCCCAGAGACAUAAUAAUGAACCCUAACUCUCUUUGUGAGAUGAGGGAAACAUUAUCCCAAGUCCCUGUGGGUGUUUAGGGUUGAAAUCAAGGUUUCCUUUUUAAUAGCUCAACAUUAAACCCUCCAGCAUUUUAUUUAGAUCAGUCAAAAUGUGUAAUAGCCAUCAUUUGGGGUUAAGGCUAAGCAACUACCAGUCCAAGGUAAUUUUCCCUCAAAACUUUUUCGGCAUUGAGCAUAUUUUUGGUCUGCUGAGAGGAAACUUGAAUGUUAUGAAAAUUCUAUUAAACUUCUGGGACGUGUUUACUGUACCCACUUUAAGAUAGUUUUAACAGUGGCCAAGUAGGCUACUGUGGCCACACCAAGUAAGCUACUGUGGCUAUUUGGUCAUAAUGUAGGCCUACCAGAGUGGCCUACCAUAAAAAACUAUGGAGAAAAUGCAUCCCAUAACAUUUUAACAUGGAAAUAACUGUUCUAUGAUACAGCCUACAGUAGCAGCCAAUGUCUGGUGUUUUGAAAACAUGCAUGGCUUGACAUGAACCUGUUUAGCCACUUCUCCUUCAGACAAUGAUGUGACUGAAACUGUUGUGUUGUUUGAUGCAAGAGACCACUUUACAUAAUAAAAUGCAAUAUUAUUCCUAUACCAGUAUUAUUAUUUCAGAGAAUCAGACAAGAAUGUAUGCUUCCCUCUGCAUGUUGGCUACUUAGCUUAUUCAAGCCUGUCUUAAAAUACAACACUGCCCCUGAAAGCCAGAAAAAAAAGCUCUUUACCUGACUCGGUUUUCAAAGAUGGCUAGAAAUGUACACAUUUUGUGUAGGGUUGGGAAUUGCCAGAGACCUCACGAUACGAUAUUUUCAUGGUUAGGUGCCAAUACGAUAUGUAUGACGAUUCUAUAUGUAUUAGCGAUUCGAUACUGUGAUUUUAUUGCGAUUCGGCGUUCCAAACAUAUUGCUCACAAGAGAGCCAUGAGAAAACGAGUUUUGAACAGUUAUGGAAAUAAAAGUGCUUAAAAAAAAUGAGCUCCCUAUUUAAAAAGAAGAUGGAGAACAAGCUACGAAAUAAAAAAUACUAUAGAUACAGCAAACUAGCGCAUAAAUAAUAUUGCGAUGUUGUCCAAACGAUACGAUAUAUCGUAAAGAUUAUAUCCGGAUAUGUAACUGUAUCGAUUCCCCCACCAUCAUUAAUUUUGUGCUCUUGUAGGAAGCAAUCACUCCCCGAUUGCUGACCAAAAAUUUGCUACAGUUAACUCACUAACUAGCAAAGAAUAGGCCUAUGAGCAAAUGUGCUAGGGCUGUACCUGAAUAAAAAAUAUAAAAAACUUAGUCGACCGAGAUUCGUCUGUUCUUUCGACCAAUCGAUUUUGUCGAAAUUUUAAAAUGUGUAUUUUUCCAUAUAUAGACACAUCCUAUGUGUUUUAAUCAAAUCAACGAUAUGUACUAAGCUUGUCUGAUACUUUAAGCACACUGUUUGAUUAAAUAAUUAAGACACCUCCCGAGUGGCGCAUCGGUCUAAGGCACUGCGUCGCAGUGCUUGAGGCAUCACUACAGAGCCGGGUUCGAUCCCAGGCUGUGUCACAACCGGCCGUGACCGGGAGUCCCAUAGGGUGGCGCACAAUUGGCCCAGCGUCGUCCGGGUUAAGGGAGGGUUUGGCCGGGGGGGCUUUACUUGGCUCAACGCGCUCUAGUGGGCCGGGCGCCUGCAGGCUGACUUCGCUCUUCAGUUGGACGGUGUUUCCUCCGACACAUUGGUGCGGCUGGACCUGAAGCAAGGAAAUGCAUAUUAUUGAUACCAUUUGAAAGGAAACACUUUGAAGUUUGUGGAAAUGUGAAAUUAAUGUAGGAGAAUAUAACACAUUAGAUCUGGUAAAAGAUAAUACAAACAAAAAAACAUGCGUUUUCUUUUUUUUCUUUUUUUCAUCUUUGAAAUGCAAGAGAAAGGCCACAAUAUAAUAUUGCAGUUUAGGCGCAAUUUAGAUUUUGGCCACUAGAUAACAGCAGUGUGUGUGCAAAGUUUCAGAUUGAUCCAGUGAAGCAUUGCAAGACUGGACUAUUUUGUAUCAAGUCUGCCCAAAUGUUCCGAAUUGGUCAAUUGAUACAUUUUCAUGUACAUAACUAUAGAGAACAUACAAAAAGUAUAUGGUAAUACAAAAUGUAAGUGUACACACUCCCAGGAAUGUCAUACAUGAUGGAUCAUUAACUUAUAAACUAACUUUCACACAUCUAGAUGGCCAGGCUGGGUGGGUGUGGAGCCAGAGACAGUAGGGGUUCAAACUGUAGAACCCAGUUCCUACAUUUGAAUAUACAAAUUGAUUUUUUCAAACAAAACUAUGCUACAUUUUAUCUCUGGGACCCUUAGGAUGACAAAUCAGAGCAAGAUUAUUGAAUAUAAGUACAUUAUUUACCUUCAGAAGUGAAUGUAUCAAACCAGUUGCCAUGAUACGUUUUUUGUUGUUGUGCACUUUCCUCAAACAAUAGCAUGGUAUUUUUUCACUGUAAUAGCUACUGUAAAUUGGACAGUGCAGUUAGAUUAACAAGAAUUUAAGCUUUCUGCCCAUAGAAGACAUGUCUAUGUCCUGGAAAGUUAGCUGUUCCUUACAUCAGUCAUGCUAAUCACAUUAACGCACGUUAGCUCAACCGUCCCGUAUACGGGACACCGAUCCCGUAGAGGUUAACCAAAUCCGUCAUUUGUUUAGGAAAAACAUUCCCUAUUUCCUCAACCCUUGCUCUCUUUACGUGACACAUGUAUGCAUCGUAUGCACGUGACAAAUAGGGCCUGACCUAUAGCAUAUCAUAAUUACAUAAAUAUAUCGGUUUGAACAAACUCAGAACACCGUAACACGUGACAGCAAAAUGGAUGCAGAGGAUGCGACAAACGGGAAUGUUUACUGGUUGCUCAGUAGGUAAAGGGGGAUUCAGAUGUGUAGAAUACAUUUGACUAGUUGUGGAAAAUACAGGAGAUCAAGAAAAAUAAGGUACGGCGCAAGCGCUGCGUGCAUAUUAUCUGUGGCAAACAGUUGCUGUUAGAUUACAAUAUAAUUUUUCUGACCGUUUGGAACAAGGUAAACAACACUAAAUUAAUUAUAAGCAUACCAGAGAGUCUGUUGUAAUGUUUUUGUUUUUUGUAAAGCCUUUAUUACAGCAAAGACUAAAAGCAGUCGGAUUCAUUCUUGAAUGCAAUUUCCGAAAUGGAACGGUUUAUUUAUUGUUUACACUAAUUAUUUGCUUUGUUAUUUUAAAACUAAAAUGCUUGAUUGCAUUUCAAAUCAUUUGAAUGACUCAUAUGCUAUGUGAUGACAUGAAUGAUUGACUGAUACAGUACUGUAGCCUAUAUAAGUAUUGAAAUAUAGGCCUAAGUAAGUUACGGUAUUAAGACUAAACAGGAGGCGCUCUUAGGCCUACAGAUUGAUGGUGGUUAUACAAGGCUGCUAUGGCUGCUAUACUAAGCCUACUAAUGAUAAUGACAUUACUUAUUAUUAUUAUUAUUAUUAUAAUGAUGAUCAUAACAAUAAAAGUAAUAAUAAUGAGAUCAAGAAAAAGGAGGGUUAUUAUUAUUAUAAAUAGUAUUUUUCGGACAAUUUGGAACAGUGUAAACAACACUAAAUAAAUUAUAAAUAAUAUCAGAGAGGCAGUUCUGACGAAAAUAAGUGUAAAGCCUUUAUUACAGCAUAGCAAAGAUUACAAACACAGGUGAAUUUGUGAAAUUGUUUAUCCGACUUGUUGCGUGAGGCUUGGUGCUCACGGAAUCAGUAGGCUAUUAAACAAACACUCAAACAGGCAACAGAAGCAGGAUCUGUCUUAUUUCUGUAGAUAUAUAUGGAUGAUUUAUUAAGCCAAGCACAUUUAACAGUUUGGCUUUUGAUUAUAGACCUAAUUAAGUUUGAGUUUCCUCUCUCCCCACUUUUCUUAGACAAUUAAGGCAAGGGCUGUUUUCUCGUCUCCUAACUCCACUGCUGCCUCCACCGUAUUGUUCUCAACACCAAUAUGCUGGUUAACUUUGCUAUUAUGCACAUAGCAACAUGGUCUAGGAAAAGGCGCCAAUUCAACAGCGCACUGUGUUUCAGAACCACGGACAGCGACCGCCAUCCAACGCAGAAGGAAGCGCAUUUGUUAUAAAAUAAUAAUAUUUGUAUUAGUGUUGCACCAUUGUUCUUACGUAAUAUAACCAUAUACAAUUUCAGUUGCACAUCUUAGAGUGAUGGACUGUGCCAUCCCCACGGCCUCCAGAAUGGAUCAGUCCACUCAGACAGGUGCGAGUCAGACAGGAGUCUUGUACACAUUAUUUUAUGAUACAUUUUUUUGCUACUGCUCGACUAAAGAAAUCUCGGUCGACCAACAGCCGAUCGACCAAACAAUCGACCAGUCGACUAAAUGGGGUCAGCCCUAAAAUGUGCACGCGUAUACAUGAGGUUCUUCACUUUGAUCUCAAAACAAGCGCAUCUGCUUGCGACCGCUCGUGCCUGUCAAUGCAAUAGAAUCCUCCUCCGAUGCGCUCUGCCUAGAACAAAAUCUCAGACCAUUUCUUUCCGUUAUGUUGCAUUGAAAAGGGGCUAAUAUUAUUCCCACAGUUGAGGGAAACGUUGAUAGUGUAAACUAACGGGGUGAAACUAUAGUGAAGUUCAGUGUCGUGCAUCUCUGCGGGGGCUGAUAUUUCUUCUGGGCGGCAGUCCUGUUCUAACCUCUCUCCUCCCUCUCUCUCUCCGCCCCCAGAGUGUGUCUUCUGAGCAUGCUGGCUCUGGUUAUCAGCUGGGCCUCCCUGGGUCUGGAGUUGGCUGUUUCUGCCGUGAGUAUCUCCAUGGGAACAUGGUUCUAUAUAUCUAUGUUGAGGCUGGAACCCAGAGCUCAGUCCCAGUAGUGUGGGAGUUAGAACCUGUACAACCUUUACCUGAAUCACUGUACUGGGCCAGUUGACACUGAACAAAAUAGAAUGUUUGGCAUAAGGUAUUAUUAUCAGUAUGAGUCAUGAAGUUAGGUUUGUUAGCACUUGCUAAGUUUAUCUAGGGACAAUUGCGAGGCAGACUAGCUACUACAGUUUAUAGCUGGUUCAGUGUGCCGUUCAUUGUGCGCAGCAUGCCUUUAUCAAAUAUAUAGGACCCAGUGGGAUCUGUCUUUAUGCAAAUCCCCCUCCCACACCAUUUAAAAUGGAUAAUUCCCUCCCCUGCAUAUGAAUCAGAGAUGACCCCCUGCCUCGUCUUCCUUCCGUAACACGGUGGUGCAUAUUAUCUUUAUUACCUCCAGAUGGAAUCCUCUACUGAGACUGAUUAUCCUACAGACUAAACAUUCUCAUUAUUCUAACUACUGUGUUGUUGUGAAAUGUCCUGUUGUGUUUCAGAUUGUGUGAAAUGUGUUUUACUCCCUCUUUGCAGACUUCCAGUGACUUCUGCGUUGCUCCUGACAUGUUUGUCACCCAAAUGACAGAACAGUAUGGAGUGCUCAAUAAAGGUAAAUAUUCAUUAAGAGACGUGUCAUGUUUAUUGUGAGAUCAAUCAUAAAGUGAAAUAUAGACAUUGCGCUGUAUGAGAUUCACUUCUAACUCUACUUUUAACAGUUGUUUGUGCAAGAAUUCUGAGAGGCAAGUUUUUGUUAGAGAUGUCUCACAGUCACAUAAGCUUUCAUAUCCUGUUUGUUUUGGAGGAGAACCGUCUGCUGACUAUGAAAAUCUCUCUUCAACUUGACAGAACACUACAACAGUUGUAGAAAAUAGAAAAUCGUUGUAGGGGAAAUGCAUAACACCAAUGACAAGUCUGGCUCUAACACUGUCUGUUUGUUUGUGAUAAAAUAUGAGUGUUUCUUUUGUCGAGGAAUACUCUCAUCUGGAGGAUGUUUUGAUAGCUCUGAGAAAUUAUUGAUUUGGAUUCAUUCUCAUCAGUAGCAUGCGCACUGAGAUAUGAUGCAGAAAUAAUGACAGAGCAACGACACAAAUGCCAAAAGCGCUUUAAUAUGUGCCAGAUAAGCCCAAUCAGUGUGAUGCUCAAUCAAUCCCCCAUCCCACCCUGGGGAGAUAUAUAAACCUGUUUCUAUUCUCUGGCCAGCGGUAAAAUAUAUUGCUUUCAGAUUUAUGGACCUGGGCUAGGGUGCAUGAGCUACCUCCUCAAACCUGUAAUAGGACUCAAUAAAUUACCCCCAGAGCAUCUGUCGCCGGGCAGACAAGCCAUGGGUGACGGGCUGCGCUGCAUUUUAAGUGUCCAAUGCGGCCCGUGGAGUAAUUGGCCAAUCUGGUCCCAUGAUGAGGUGAAAGAAGUGUGAGAGGAGAGGGAUAGAGCCCGGAGUGUGUGAAUGAGAUAAGACCAGCGGAGGAGGGGGAUGAGGAGAGACAUGCUAUGGUGGAGAAGGCAGGCAGAGUGUGUGUGUUUGUUCCUACUGCAGUCGACGGUAUCUGUGGGAAAGUACUGCGUAAUUUAACACGGUCACAGGUAGGGCUGGGAAUUGCCAGGGACCUCAUGAUACGAUAUUAUCACGAUACUUGGGUGCCUUGAGAUUUUCGCAAUUCUCACAAGGGAGCUAUGAGAAAAAAGUUUUGAUCAGUCAUGGAAAUAAAAGUGCUGAAAACAAAUUGGCUCACUAUUUCACAAAAUAAGAAGCUAUGAAGGAAACGUUUUGGUGUAGGUACAGCCAACUAGCACAAAAAUAAUAUUGCGAUAUUAUCAAAACCAUACGAUAUAUCGUCAAAAAUACCCUAAUGUAACUGUAUCGAUUUAACUAUUUUCCCCCAUCACUAGUGCCCAGUUAGUCAUCCUCCCUCUAAAUCACCACUCCAGCUUUCACUCUCCAUUGUCAAGUCGUUGCUGGAGAGAAUAGAGCUCUCUACCGUCUCAUUGUGAAGCCCUCUCUGCCUACUCGCAAUAGGAAUACUAGAGGAGGAACUAUAGGAAUAAAGAAAGCCAACAUUAACUGUAGAUCCUGAUUAGUGUAACUAUUGUUGUUAAGACUCAUUUGACCUAUGUGCAUCAUCUCAUCUUCAGUACAGUAGCUUCCCCCACUGCCUUGAGGCUGGAAUCAGGCAGUCAGGGGUGUUUGUGUGUUCUAUUUUCCUUGCGUGUUAACAUGCCUGUGUGUUUAUAAGCAGCAAUGUAAAUUAUUUAAAGACAAUAUAAGGGGGUUUAGACUUACAAGGGAGCUGAACAUUUAUGUGACAUUGCAAGACUUGAUUUUAAAUUAUUACGCUAGUUGUAAUAUGACUCUAUAAGAGAGUCUCUCUCUCUCUUCAACAUGGUGUCCAGUACAUGUUUGUGACCCCUAAGAAUGGCCUUGCCUUCCACCCCUAGGUUGUUCUCGAUCUACAAUGGCAGCCUUUGAAAAGGUCGCCCUUUUCAUUACCUUUAUUCCAUUCUGUCCUUAUUUCAUACCUGCCGUCCUGGACAAGCCAUUACUGUUUAUUUUGCCCUGGUAAACAAACGCUACAGACUAUACCUCACUCUGCAGCACUGAGGUCUCUCUGUGAAUAAUUUCAACAGCUCUGUUGCCAUUCUUCAUCUUAUCUGUUGUUCCUCACUGGCCGUAAUAUGUAUAUCUUUACUGCCCUGUCCUAGCCCCGACAGAAAGGCUGUUCUUUACUGCCCUGUCCUAGCCCCGACAGAAAGGCUGUUCUUUACUGCCCUGUCCUAGCCCCGACAGAAAGGCUGUUCUUUACUGCCCUGUCCUAGAAGGCUGUUCUUUACUGCCCUGUCCUAGCCCGACAGAAAAGCUGUUCUAUUCUCCCGUUUUCUACUUAAUGUUUCGGCCAUUGUUUCUCUUUUACAUCACUCUGACAUUUUAGUAGUAAAAUCCUGAACCCAAUUAUUGCAGAUCCCACAAAGAGAAGUUAUGAGUCUGUCAUCUCUGACUGGCUGCUUUAAACACUAUUACAAGCCGUAAAUGAGAGGUCUUCUAUUCAGCCUGUUGUAUAUGGCCAUCCAAGGAUAUAAUUGAAUGAGCAGUUCAUUUCCCUUUUCAGUGGCAUAAUUACACUGUUUAUGAGACUCACAGGGAGGGAGCUUAGAGUAGCUAAGGCAGAUGUGAACUGGCCCAUCCAUAACCAGAGCAGACUGCUGCUGUUCUCUCUACCACUCACUGUGCGCGUGCGUGUGCGCGUGCGAGAGAGAUGGGAGGUUUCUGAGAGAAAUGUAAAAGCACACUUUGGAACCAAUUGACAGCUCUGCGAAAUCCUCACAGAGAAUUGUAAUAUCUGGAACCCACUUGACUGUGUGGUAGUCAGUGGACGUUACAGACCAGUGUGGCGUAAGGAACAGGAUGCCAUGUGUUGUGUUGGUGGUGUUGGUGAUAUUCUCUCUGAUUAAUGCUGGGGACCAGAAGGAGAGGCACUCUGAUUCAAGCCUGUGCCAUGGUGUGCUAUGUUUGAGUCACGCACUCCCAAAUAUCAUUAUUUAUUAAAUUGUAUGUGGGUGGGUGUGUGUGGGUGAGAAUACGUGUCUCCUUCUCACACCAUCCCAGAUUGAGUUCCCUAAAGCAGGAUACUAUUAAUCCUACUGGCACAGUGUGCCUGACCGUGCUGCUAGCUAACCCAUUAGCAUUGUUUACGGAGCUCUGAACCGUCCCCAUCGAUCCAGGUUCUAUCCCAAAUGGCACCCUAUUCCCUGUAUAGUGCACUACUAUUGACUAGAGUGUAGGGUAGCCAUGUAGGAUACCAUUUGAGACGCAACCCCAGUUUCCUCUCCUUACAAUCCCCCAGUCAGCUCUGCUCUGCAGUACCUUGUUAAGAAGCUAAUCGGCAUACAUUGAUUACUCUACAGGCCCUCCCAACGAUCAUUAUUCACCCACUUCAGAAAAGCAACCCCAGAAAUAACCCAAUCUCUGUCCGUCUCUGUCUCUGGGGAAGCUGACCUGAGAUGAUACCACAGCACUGUAGGCUAUGGGGUUAUGGGGUUCACCACCUGACAUUCAGUAGACUGGGCACUGCUUCAGGCAGUGGCAUAUAAAGGCUAUGGGAUGUCAAGGUCAGGGAAUUGAAAUAUCAUCCAGUAAGUCACCAUGGUGGCAAAUGAGACCUCCACUGAAGCUUCUAAAGGAGCUGGUUUCAUGUGUGAAAUGGUUGGAGAAAACCUUAUGUCCUCUGUGAGAAUGGGUUAAUGCAAUUCACCUUAUUGAUCAAUUGACUGUCACUGUACUAUAACUAACUACACUGAGAUUGUCUGCAGUACUGCUCACAUCAUCUGAUCCAGUCCUGUUGUAUGUGUUUUUCCACAGACAUUUUGCAGUACUACAUGAGAUGCAGUGUGGACCAAAACAACCCAUUCCAACAGGUAGGCUACUUCAAACUAACUUUUACUGGCCAUCAUAUUUUCAGUAGCAAAGAGCUUUGAUAUUGGCAUCACAGACCCAAUGAUGUGUUGGUUUUAUAACAUGUUUAGUAUUCAUAUCAUCUAUUUCAGUAGACAGUAUAUGCGUGAAUCAGGCUGAUAUGUAACUUUCAUGCAGCCAUCAUUUAUCUGGUCUAAUGAGGCUGAACAGUGUGAUGACUCUCAUCUAGCUAAUGCAUCUCACUGCAUACAGUGCAUUUGGAAAGUAUUCAGACCCCUUGACUUUUUCCCAAAAAAUAUAUGAUACAGCCUUAUUCUAAAAUGGAAAUAUCACAUUUACAUAAGUAUACAGACCCUUUACUCAGUACUUUGUUGAAGCACCUUUAGCAGCGAUUACAGCCUCAAGUCUUCUUUGGUAUGACGCUAGAAGCUUGGCACACCUGUAUUUGGGGAGUUUCUCCCAUUCUUCUCUGCAGAUCCUCUCAAGCUCUGUCAGGUUGGAUGGGGAGCGUCGAUGCACAGCUAUUUUCAGGUCUCUCCAGAGAUGUUCGAUCAUGUUCAAGUCCGGGCUCUGGAUGGGCCACUCAAGGACAUGUCAGCUUUUCCCAGCUUUUCAUGGAGGUUUAAAUGUAGAACUGCGAAACGGCCACUAAGGCAAUUGCCAGUGUUAAAUAUGAAUGUGAUUUGAAGACCCUACCCUAAGACCCUUUCUGUGACUUGCUUUUAAUGGACUGUAGUGGUUUUUUUCUAUUCUCAUGAAUUGAUCAAAUGACUUAGUGCAGUACAAGCCCAGGCUUAGCUAUCACAGGUACAUCUGUAAAGAGAAAAGUUUGAUACAUAAUGCAUGCCAUAUAUCUCACAGGUACAGGGUGUCAAUGUGCCAACAUUGGGUUGAGUGUGAAGGGACAUAUUUGACUAUCAGAAAGGACUAGUUUUCGCUAGCAGGGGGUUUAUAUUUUCUGUGUAAGGGUCAGGUGACAUUGAACAAGUAGUGUAGUACUCAAUGCAAUGUCUGAUACAGGCGGUUGUGUUUUCCUCUUGUGUUGUAGAAGUUGUCCGGGAGCCACAAAGCCUUAGUGGAGAUGCAGGACGACUUGUCUGAACUGCUCCGCUCGGCCACCAGAGAGUACCCCCAAACUAAGGUGAGUGUCCUGACUCUUGCGAUCUAUCACUUUACUUCCUGCUGUGAAUGCCACCUCCCAGUGUACUGAUAUUACAGUAUACCUGCUGGCUCAGUCACUCCACACAAACACACCCUGCCUUCCCCCUGGUCUGGCUACACUGGCUGUACUAUUGUAGCAAUUCUAAGGGUUGAAUGGAACCAAAGGACCAACAGGCAGAGAGAGAGGAGAUGAGCGCACCUGGCCAUAAAAGUCUGCUGACACGUCACCUUUGCAUUAUGCUCAUGUUACUUUCACUGGCCUCCUGUACAGCCCUGUGUUGUAUUAUCCAGCGAUGAUCCUUCCACUGUGUGCACAGAGGAACAAAUGAUGCCUGACAUUUGGGACGUGUUGGAAAAUAGAGGCAGGCAGGCAGGCAUACUUCAGUGGCACAGUGAAGAGAGAAAAUGCUGAGUUCAUGGAAACAUUUCACAUACUGUAGGGCUAUCAGAGAUGUAUAACUCUGCCAACACUCAACAGCCCUCAUGUCCUAUUUGGUCAUUUAAAAUGCACCUCUGGACAAACGCUGUUCUCUACCGACCGUUACAGUCCAUAGGAAAAUGUAAUCCGAACGUAGUUUGUUAUUACUCCUCGUGCAGACAGACUGCGGUAUAGCCUAAGUUUGAGAAUCGGAGGAAGUACCUUCAUUUCAAUGGAAUGUGGCGCGCACCAUUAAAACUCUGGAGUCUGUCUGCAAGAGGCGUCAGGGUUGCUGACUCUGUUUUGGUUUGGGAGUUUUCUCAAAGUUUCGCCGACUCUACUUUUGUUGACCUCAUACAAACCUUCUUUACUAGUUUAAGUAGGACACCUAAAUAAGUAUUCAAAGUAUCUCUUUCAUACACACAUGCACACUGAGACAGUGGUCUGGCCUAAUUUACUGUGUUAAAUGGAGACCUGGCCCUGUUUUUAAACUGUGUGUGUGUGUGUCUUGCAGGGGAAUCUAGAACAGAUCCAGGGGGUACUGAACACCACAGAGAUUGGCCUGCAUCAGCUCACUGCCCUGGUGGACUGCCGCAGCCUGCACAUGGUGAGCUGCCUUCCUGCCUGGGACUACAGGGGAACCAUGGCUAACAUCCUUACUCCACAGGGGGUGUUGUAUGGUCUCUGUGUUGUAUGUUCAUGGUCUACAUGUGUACAUAUCCCUCUCUGUGAUGUGAUUUUAGCAUAUUCAGUGCACGUCUAGUCCGAUGAUGUUUGCAGAUGUGUAUGCGAGCUGUGUAAACGGUCCAGUGAGCCCGUUGCAUGACUUGCAGUUGGCGUUCCCUCUGUCUGUGUGGUGGAGAGGACCACGUUCACAGUUCACACUCCUGUGCAUCUGCGCCGCUCAGCUGAGCUCAACUCUGCUCCACUGCUCUUGGUUCAGCCCUGUAUUCAACCCCGCUCUGCUCCUCUCUGCCUGCAGGGCACCCGCCGCCCUGGGCUGGGCAGCAUAUCUCUAUGAUCUGUAGUAGCAGCCCUCCCUGACAGCUCUUCACAUCCUCCCCUGUUAACGCCUAUGUGGCCAGGCCCACUGUCACACUCAGAACCCUGCCUGGGUCUCACUGUUCCUACUGUCACUCCCACUUUCAUCCCCACCACUCACUGCCCUCACCGCAGAGGGCAGGAGAACCUGAGCCAAUCAACCAGUAGCCCAGGAGCUCACAUUCUGCCUAUACCAGGGCUACUUUCAGUAGGCAAACUUUGUGUAAUGUUGCAGACCGAAAUGUCAUGACAUGAAUAGAGCUGAUGUGAUUUGUUCUUCUACAGAGAGGGAUGUUUGUUCUGCAUCAUAUAUUUCUUUCUGAACAUUGUGCUGAGCAUGACCCAGGAGGAUGCCGUAACACGUCUGCUACUACAUCACAUGUAAACAUGCUAUACCUAGAAGGAACAUCCAAGAGGUCUCUCAAUGCAAAUGCAGGAAGCAGAAGCACCCAUCAUGAAAGGUUUUCUUUAAAAGCUGGACUAUAUUAUUCCCCACUUACUCUGUGCUUUUGUCAUGUUGAAUAGCUCUCCUGGGUAAUGCACAUGUUGUUGAGCUACUUCCUCUCAAUAAUGACUGUAAUGUGCCUGGCUCUGACGCAAGGCACAAGAAAAGCACUGUCUUGGCCUGCUUUCACUCCUCGACACGAGGCGGAGUUAGGGUUAAAUAGUAAUGUCUAACCUUCCUCUUCCAGCAUGUGUAGCAUGUGUGUCAGACAGGGCGCUGCGUACAGGAACCCUGUGUAGCAAACAGACAGGCAAUAUGAAGCAUCUGUUUGGUAGGUCUGUCUGGUUAGUUGUAUUUCUAUGACAUGAUGUGGACGUCUAGCCUGUGCACUAGUUGUCAUAGAUACAUGCAUGUACAGCAUAUGACAUGACAACGAACCAGACAGUAGUGAUGGGAGGAAAGAUCGAUAUAGUUACAUAUCGGGGUAUUCUUUUUGACGAUAUAUCGCAUAGUUUUGACAAUAUCGCAAUAAUAUUUUUGCGCUAGUUUGCUGUACAUGCACCAAAACCACAGUAUUUUCCCUUCAUACCUUGUUCUCCAUCUUCUUUUUAAAUAGGGAGCCAAUUAGUUUUCAGCACUUUUAUUUCCGUGACUGAUCAAAACUCAUUUUCUCAUGGCUCUGUCCCUUUUCCAAUUUCAAACAGAAAAAUUUUUUGGGUGACGAACGCCCCUUAAAAACAGGAAGAGACAAUGAAAGCUUUUCAAAUAAAUCAAGUAAAUAGAACCGUUUUGUUGGUUUUUAAAGGGAAAAGUACGCCCAAUAGAAUAGUAAAUAUGAAACAAGUUUCCCUUUUUUGGGAAUUUCCCCGGAAUUUAAAAUUACGGCACCUUAAAGAUCGCCCAUAACAGGUUUUAAGUAUAAUUAAUGCCCCCAAAGGAUCCCCCCACCCUUUUUUAUUUUGGGUUUUUUUCAGGGGGGCAACACUUAAAAUUUUCACUUUUCACAAUUGAUAUGUCCUUUUAUAAAAAGGCCUUUUUGUCCGUAAAAAAAAAGGUUAAAAAGUGGCCCAAAAAAGUGAGACCCCCUAAAAAUUUUAAGGGAAAAAUUUUUUGGGGGAAUCUUUUCCCGGUGCCAACCCCUUUGGGAAAAGGGCCCCUUUCACAAUUUAAAAAGGAGGUUCACCUUUUAUAAACAGUUGGGGGAAAGGGGGCCUUUUCCCCUCAAAUUCCAAACCCCCCAGUUCCUGGGUUUUGGUUUUUUUAAACUUGUGUCCCCCAAAUUUACCCCCCUUUUUUGGGAAUGUUCCCAAUUGGGGCCCAAAAAAUUCCAAUAGGGGCCCCUUUAUUUUCAAGCGGGGACUGGUUCCCUCCUGGGCUGGAGCCCCCCAAAAUUUCCCGGAGCCUCUUCCCCCCCCCCAUGAAACUCCCCCAACCUGGUUGGGUGUUUGGAAAAAUUGCACUCCCCCCCCUUUCCCCAAGGACCCCACAACCAAAAAAUUUAUCUGGGACAGCCGGCUAGUUUUUAAACCCCCUUACCUGCUUUCUUAGCAAACCCGUUUUCGGGCCUUUUUUGGCCAUCUUUUUAAGGGGGGGCUUCCUUUAGAAGCCACAGACCUUGUUGGGAUUCGGCCUAAAGGCUGAGCCCCACCGGUGCCCCCCACCCCAAAUUUCAGCCCCAGACAUGCAUUUUCCCAAAAAACCCAAUGGGUGGACGUGGGAAGCAACUUCUUUGGGCCCCAAACCUGGGUUUGGGGGAAACCUUUUCCCUGAAACCCCUGUUUUCUUGGGGCCCCCGGCCAGGCUGUUUCCCGGUUUUUGCAAAAGUUUUGCCCAGGGAAAAAUUUUUGGGGGCCUUCCCUUUUUUUAAAAUUCCUUUUGGGGGGCGCCAUGAGGCCCAAAUUUUAAAAUUCCCGUGGCCGUUGGGGGGUUGGGGCAUGACCCAAAUUUUCCCCCCCCCCUUCAACCCUGGCCUUGGCACACUAAAAGUCCAAAACCCGGGGGCAAAAUCUUUUGGGAAUUUUACCAAUGAGGGGGUGAUCAAAUUUUUUGGCCACCUUUUGAAAAGGCCUUUUUUGAGUUUUGGGGGAACAAUUUUCCGGGUUUUAAAAGCUGUACUUCACCUACUUUUAUUUUUUCGUUUAAUUUCUAUAGGGCCCCAUGAAAAAAACCAAAAAUUUUUUUUAAAGGGGGGUUCCCCAGAGAUUUUUUGAUGAGGGGAAAGUUGAACCCUUUCCCGGGGAAUAGGGGAAGUUUGAGAGCUGACCCAAAUUUUAACCCCCCCUGUCACCCAUUCAAUGAGGACCCUUUAAACCUUUUGGUUUUCCCCAUGACAAAGGGGGUUUUGGAAAAUUUUUGGGGGUUUUUUGGGCCCCCUUGGCCCCUUUUUAAAGGGGUGUUAUUCUUUGUUGCCCGGGGUUUUUUAGGGCAUUUGGCUUCGGGGGUGUUAUUAAUUUUGGGGGGGAAGCCCCUUUAAAAUGGGUUUUUAUUAAAAAGGGGUUCUUUUUUUAAUUGCCAGCAAAGGGUUGUUUUUUAAUGUGGGUUCUGGGUUUUUCCAAAAUAUUUACUAAAAAUGGGGGGGGUUCUUAAAUUUUUGGUUUUGUUGUUGUUUUUUAGGCUCUUCCAAUAUAAAGGGUUUGGGUUAAAUUAAGGGUUUCCCUUUUUGUGUUCCAGGAAUUUUCCAUAAAAAGGGUUUGUUUAAAAAAAUUGUUGUGGUUGUGUUCCCAAAAUAUGUCCAGGCUAUUAAAAAGGGGGUUUUGUUAUUAAAUGUGGUUUCUGGGUUUUGGGUUCCCGGCUAUGCCGGGCUAUAAGGGGGUUUUUUGGAUUAAAACCCGUGUUUUUCCCUUGUGGUUUCAGGGGGAUCCCCGGGUUGCAGGGUUUUUAAUUAAAACCGGUGGUUUUUUCCAACUAUCCAGGGAAUAACCCGGGGUGUUUUUUUCUGGUUUUUCUGUUUGUGUUCCAGGAAAAUGUUCCCGGAAAAAAAGGGGGUUUUUGGGGGUUUAAUGUUUGGCCCUUUUUGUUUUUCCAAUAGUCAUUUAAAGGGGUUUUUGGAUUAAAAUGUGUUGCGUUUUUUUUCCCCGGAAAUGACUUAAAAUUUUAUUUAAAUUUUGCCUUUUUGCAGGGAAAGCCCUCUUAAAGGGGGGUUUUUAAACUGGCGCGUGUUGUGGGUUCCCGGGAAUUUUUCCCCCCUAAAAGGGUUUUUUUUCCCCUUGUGGGGGUUUUUUUUCAUUGCCAGGGGUUGGGGGGGUGGUUUUGAGGUUGAGGGCUUUGAAAUUCCUUGUUUUCCUUGGGGACCCUAUCAGGCAAGGGGAGGGAAUGGGGGAAAAAAAAAAAAAAAGGAAAAUUAAACCAAAAUUUUCCUUUUGGUAAGAAAAAAGGGUGAGGAAUUUUUGUUUUUGUCCCCGGGGCAACGGGGCCUCCCACUUUUAAAAAAUCCAAAAAAAUUUUUAAAAAAAUUUUUGCCCGGAGGGGUUCCUAACCCCCCGGGGGGGGGGAUUUUUUGGUUGGAAAAAUUUUUUUUGGGGUUCUUUUUCAGUUUGAUUCCUCCCGGGCCCCCACCUUGGUUUCCUUUGGUUAUUUACAACCCCAGGGUUUUUUUAAAAGGGGGGGAAUUUUUUUCCCUUUUCUAAAUGGCUACAGGGGUUUUUGGGAAAAAUUUUUUCUUCAUUUUUUUUUUUUUAAUGAGCAUGUAAUUCCCAAAAAACCCCCAAUUUAAACGGGACUGCUUUUAAAACCCUUAAGCCAUUCUAUUGAUAUAUUUUAUAUAUAAUAAUAAUAAAUAAUAAUAAUAUGCCAUUUAGCAGACGCUUUUAUCCAAAGCGACUUACAGUCAUGCGUGCAUACAUUUUUUUUGUGUAUGGGUGGUCCCGGGGAUCAAACCCACUCCCUUGGCGUUACAAGCGCCGUGCUCUACCAGCUGAACACGGUAAUGUUGGAAAUUAGUUAUAUUUUCACCCCAACUACAUACUCUAAUGUCUUUGUAAUGUUCUGUAUGUGCGAAUUCGUGCUGCCAUUGAAUGGGAUGAUGUCAUUAAUUAGCUGUGUGGAGGAAAAGCCUAUGGGUGGUGGUGUUGAACACUAGAGGGAGACAAGCGCCACCAUGUCAUCAUCAGCGCUAAUUCCCUUCAGCACCACAGGGCUGUUUCUGUCUUCUUUUUGUUAUCCAGGUUUUAUAUCUUGACCAUUGUGCCUCAGGGGCAAAUGUGUUUUUAUGUUUUGAUAAUGUGGGCUUUCAGUGGUGCCCUUGCACUAGUCACAAUCACAGUUCAUGUUUGAACAGAAAUGGCAAUGUAGACCAAUCCAUAUUGUAGCAGAUCAUUCUGUAAUAUUCCUGUGGAAACUGAAUACGUUCUUAUCUUACUGGAGCGUGGUUUCAUUCCUUAAGCUCAGCGGGAAUUUGCUGCUUUCCCUUUUUCAAAGAGAACACAUCUUUCGUCUAACCUUGGGCAGUGAAGGAAUUGAAUAGAAACGUGGCAGUGAAUGAAUACAAAACGUGGCAGUGAAUGAAUACAAAACGUGACCGUGAAUGAAUACAAAACGUGACCGUGAAUGUGCAUGCUUUUGUGCUGCAGCUGCUCUCCCCGUCAGUGGGAGAGGGCUCCCCCUUGUGGCCGUUUGUCACUCUGCAGGGUUGUGGUCAAUUCCAUUUGAAUUUGGAAGUAAACUGAAAUUCACAUUUUCUCUCCAACGAUGAAAUCAGGGAGGGGACUGUGGAUCUGUCUCCGUAUGUUCGUCACACACAGUAUCUCAGACAGCACUGGGCUGAUUUUGACUAAACUUAGGUGAAUGAUGCGUCUUGCCAUAGAGAUCCAGCAUUUACAAAAUUACACUGAUUGGCCCAAGGUGGGAGCUAUAGUAACGUCACUGAAAUGUGUUAGUCACACGCAAUAUCUCAGUUGGCCCGGGGGGUCACUACAUCAUUCUUUGGGGACGACAUGUUUUCUGUUGCCUUGUCCUCAAUGAUUUUCCUGGUAGAAUGUGUCCUGGUGGACCUGUGUGACUCAGCAGUGUCUCUCUCUCUCUCUCUCUGUGUGUCCCUAUAGGAACGAGGCGGACAGCGAGGAGGAGUCCAUGGCCCACGGAGGCAGACUGCAGAACCAUGACAACCUGUACCGGGUCCACAUGCCCAGCCUGUACAGCUGUGGCAGCAGCUACGGCAGCGAGACCAGCAUCCCUGCUGCAGCACACACCGUCAGCAACGCCCCCGUCACAGAGUACAUGUGA